GUGAGCAUCAAAAUUGUGUAAUUGUUAUCAUCUCCAUUUCAAAGGGCAGGUAACUGCAGUUCAGAGAGAUAGGUUAGGGAAUGCUAUUACCCCAAGCCAACACAAACUUGCUCUGUGGGUUUUGCAGCCCUCUUUCUUAGCAACUUGGUUGUGCUUUUCACUGAUGUCACAACAGGUUGACUAUGACAGUCAUUAAUGGGUAAAGCUGAGUAGACCUCAGAGUUAAUAAGUAGGUGCCUCAUUUCUGAAUUAAGAAAGAGACAAUGAACAACUCCUUAGAAUACUUAGCAUAUCCUGCAAUUGUUGCUAAUCACAGACAAACUACAGCCUUUAAGAAGAAAUUGGAUAUCGGGCACCAUGAAGCUCAUAAGAACAGAGUGGAAGUAGCUAAGCCUACAGUUGAUACCAAACCUCCAGUGGCACAUACACACCAUAUUUUAAAACUAAGCAAACUACAGGGUGAACAAAAAAGAUUCAAUAAAAUCGAAUAUGAAAACAAGCAACUGUGUCAAAAAAUUGCCGAUGCUCAGCGUGGUCGUCCCUCGGUGGAUUGCUGGAACGAAUACUUUUCCAAAAGCUUAAAUAGAGAGACUCGCAACAGGGAAUUAGUGAGAAUCACUGUGGAGAAUCAAGGAAUUCUUCGGAGGAUUGGAGAUCGUAAACCUCACUAUGACCGAAGGGCAUCAGAGAUAGACUGGCAGAAUUCCAGACGAUAUAUAAAAAAUACCACAAGAUACCUUCUCUACAAAAAAGACUAGAAAAGUCUACAUGGGAAAAAACCCAGAAAAGGUGCGGUGAUCUCGUCAACUUGGAUUAUCAUGGAAUUCCCAAAUGGAUGAAUGAUUAGACCUUCGGAAGCUACAAUAACUUACAUCUACAACUCUGCAUCUAGAGACAGAAAUGCAACCUGCCACCAGAAAAAAAGAUGCAAGUACAUUUUUAUUGUUUGUUUUAAACAAAAGACAUUUCACAUUCAGACUGUAUCACUCUUUUAGACAUAGAUCAAAAAGAAAAAGAAAAAGGUGAUCAUCAA